AUGUCUGAAGUGAGUUUUUGAGAUGUUUAGAGUACAUUUUUUUGGCGAAAAAGUGUAGAAAAGUAAUGGUUUUAUCUUUCAGUUGUACCCCGAAUACAAGGACAAGCUAAUAUGGCCAGCAGUCCCCGGAAUUAUUCUAAUUUUGGCUACGGCAUUUGUGGGCUUCUUUGGAAAUGCCAAUAUUAUCAUUGCCACGUGUCGAACAAAGUAAGUCUGAAAUUUGGCGGAGCGAAAUUGCUGAAAAUUGAAUAUGUGACUCUCUGAAUGGGGCUGACUUCAUGGCCAGAUUGGGCCCGCUAGUGUAUAGAAUAUGACGUUAAAUCCUAUGGUUAAAAUAUAAUAGCUAAACCGGCUGCAAAAAUAAUGCAGGUUUAAUUUAAUGAUAGUUCAGCACACCUACAACACAUUUGCACUUUAUUUUUUUCUUUUUUGGUCCUAUUAUCUUCUCCUUCAGUUAGUAAACCUAAUUUGCUGGGCAGUACCAAAAAAAUUUUAAUUAAGCUUACUUUAAAUAUCGCUAGUUAAGUCUGGUUCCAAUAAGUGUAAUAAUAAAAUAUUGCAUUCUCUAAAAGGAUAUCAUCAAAAAUCAAAUGUUGCUUUUUUUAGAGCUCUCCACACAAACUGCUGUAUUCUGAUAGCCACCACGGCAUUCUUCGACAUUAUCCAUCAGCUUGCUCACAUCAUCUUUGCUCUUCGCUUUUUUGCCAUCAACUAUUUCAUGGAGCUCGAUUCCUGUUUCUACAUGCAAAUUGCCUUCGUGUUUGCCAUGAAUUUCGGUUCAUUUGCCUAUCUUUCUGUCGGUCUGGACCGACUAUGCUGCGUAAUUUUCCCGUCGCGGUAAGCUCUAACACUCAAAAAUGUGCAAAUUGCCUCAUUUUAGGUAUUACAAUCAGUUGAAUAGAGUCUACCGUAUCCCAUAUCUUGUUGUCAUGUUGCUCUUGCCGACUGUUUACUCUUCAACCCUACUCUUUCUUGCGCAUGAUGCAAUCGGGCCGGCGAAAGACGAGAUGGUUGUGUGCUUUAUUACCGACGUUUUUUACGGUCACAUGCAGAGGACAUGGAACAGCGUCCAAUGGAUAACGUUCGCGGUGACGGUGGUCUCGUAUUGCUUGCUGUGGCUGAUGAUUAGGAUUAAAAAUGGUGAGAGAUAUAUAUUAAAAAUAUGUCAAAAGUCUUGACAUCGCUGUAGUGUGCAAAAAACUUGUCGCAAAUUUCUAAUUGUAAAAAGAAUGAGCUCUUUGAUCACGCGCAGUGCUAAAAAUCAUCUUUCUGAAAAUAAGCGUUGAUUGCUAUGUGAUAAUGCACAGUAUUUUUCUCACCGUACCGACUUAUUUUCGCUGCCAGCGGCACCGCGUAAAGUACUGUGAAGGGGUUUUUGGGAUAGUGCUUGGCACAAACCGGCUUCUUGUUUGAUUAAUUUUGCCCCGGCUUUUCUAUGUUGAAAGUCGGGGAAAAUUCAGCAAUCAAUAUUGAAUUUUGACGAGAAAAUUUUAACCUAGUUUCUUCACUAGAACGCAAAUUGCUAAGAUUUUCGAAGGUUAUUACCGGGCAUACUCAAAAAAGUAUGAUAAAUUUAAAGAAAAUCUGGCAAAAACUGCUUGAAUGUUGCCAAAAGUAAUCCAAAGAUCGUCGAAGCCUCGUGCUCUAACAAUAAGUUAAUAACUGACUCACAUCAUUUAUUAAGCUCUUACGUUGCAAAAAACUAACAAAAAGCUAAAAAAAACUCUGCUAAAAUUGACUUACCUACUUUUAUUCAAUUUCAGCAACAUACGCUAGAAAGUUAACAAAAACAGUGACGUAUAUAAUGGGAACUCUCGUGUUUGGCUGGUUCAUCACCACUUUUGUGGGCAUGGCUGCUUCGCAAGCCCAUGCCACGCCGUAUACGAUGUUCUUGAUUCACACGGACUUUGGAUGGCCCGCGAAUUUGGGGAUCGCGGCGAACUAUUUCAUUUACUACUCCACAAAUACGGAGUAUCGAAGGGCUUUCAGCGACCAAUUGGCCAUGUUGUUUCUUUGGAGAGUGGACAGGAAAAAGAGAAAUGUCACAGAUAUCCAUGUAAUCUCUGAUUUAAGACGGAAAUCAUCACGACAAACCGGCUGA